UGCGCAUUGCAGAUCUGACGACACGUUGGGACGACAAGCAUGGCGGACGCCGACCAGGAUGAAGCGAAGCAAAACACAGAAGAAACUCCAGGUGUUUCCAGCUGUGACGAAGAUGAAAAGCAGAUUAUUGAUGAAGAUGCUGAGGCAGCAGUGAAGACUUUCAAGGAUCUGGGGGUAACCGAUGUGCUGUGUGAGGCUUGUGAUCAGCUGGGAUGGAAGAGUCCAACUAAAAUCCAGGUGGAGGCGAUUCCAGUCGCACUGCAAGGGAAGGACGUGAUCGGCCUGGCAGAGACCGGUUCAGGAAAGACGGGGGCCUUCGCUCUGCCGAUCCUCCAGUCGCUGCUGGCUUCCCCUCAGAGGCUUCACACCCUGGUCCUCACCCCCACCAGAGAGCUGGCCUUCCAGAUCUCUGAGCAGUUCGAAGCUCUGGGCUCCAGCAUCGGCGUUAAGUGCGCUGUAAUCGUUGGUGGGAUUGAUAUGAUGUCACAGUCCUUGGUAUUAGCCAAAAAGCCUCACAUCGUCAUUGCCACGCCGGGUCGGCUGAUAGAUCAUAUGGAGAACACAAAGGGCUUCUCUCUGCGUGCUCUCAAGUUCCUGGUCAUGGAUGAAGCAGACAGAAUCCUCAACAUGGACUUUGAGACCGAGGUGGAUAAAAUCCUGAAGGUGAUUCCCAGAGAGAGACGUACCUUCCUCUUUUCUGCCACCAUGACCAAAAAGGUGCAGAAACUUCAGCGAGCUGCUCUGAAAGAUCCAGUGAAAUGUGCCGUGUCUACAAAGUACUCGACAGUAGACAAGCUGCAGCAGUACUACGUCUUCAUACCCGCCAAGUACAAGGAUUGCUACCUGGUGUCCAUCCUCAAUGAGCUGGCUGGAAACUCCUUCAUGAUUUUCUGCAGCACGUGUAACAACGCCCAGCGGGUGGCGCUGAUGCUGAGGAACUUGGGCAUCACAGCUAUUCCCCUUCAUGGACAGAUGAGUCAGAAUAAACGUCUUGGAGCUCUGAACAAGUUCAAGUCCAAGUCUCGGUCGGUGCUGCUGGCGACGGAUGUGGCGUCCCGGGGGCUGGACAUUCCUCACGUGGACUGCGUCAUCAAUUACGACAUCCCCACUCACUCCAAGGACUACAUCCACAGGGUGGGGCGAACAGCCAGAGCAGGGCGUUCUGGGAAGUCCAUCACGUUUGUCACACAGUACGAUGUGGAGCUUUUCCAGCGAAUCGAAAGUUUAAUUGGGAAGAAACUUCCUGCUUUUCCCACCCAGGAGGAGGAAGUGAUGAUGCUGGUGGAGAGAGUGAGCGAAGCGCAGAGAUUUGCCAGAGUGGAAAUGAAGGAACAAGGAGAAAAGCGGAAAAGACCAAGAGGAAGAGACGGAGACGAGGAUGACACCGAACAAGCCAGUGGAGUGAGGAAGAAAGUUAGAGGUGGCAAAGGAGCUGCAGGAGGAGGAGGAGGUGGAGGAAGAGGAGGAAAGAACAGGGGUGGAGGAGCCUGGAGGGGAGGGCGCUGACGCAUUCCCCCUUUACAAGAUGUAUAUUACCACAACACACAGUGUCUUCAUGUCAACCUUUAGUACUGUGACUGCUUGUUUCCAGCAUUUCUCCCAGAAUCAAAUAACUAUUUAAUUACACAAUGAUUUUUUUCCCCUCAUUUGUAAUAAAACAGAACUGUAAAACCUAAA